AUGGCAGAAAAGCACGCAGGUCUGUCAGUCGUGUGCAUUCGAUGCGGCGCGGGAAAACACCAGACCGCCACAGUUCGAGAUAUGAAGAGUCAUCCGCAACGUAUUCAGACUCGUCUGAGCUUGAAAGACGACAUCCAAGUGGCAAAUAUCGACAACGCCAACAUAGUCAUGCAAGCUCGGGGAGAGAAAGGCGCCGCUUACGGCUUUCGCCAUGUGAAGAAAGAAUUUACUACGAAGGGCGCUCGGUGGGAAGAAAGCAUCUUGAUAUCCCAGAGGAUUUUGAAGACGAUGACUACGACUAUGAGAAUCCCAGAGGUCAUUGACGAUUACAGUGUUCGCAUCUCAUCGAGGGCUCAAUCGCGGACCCGGAGGGUCGUCCGACGCCAGGACUCCGAUGCAUAUUCAGGAAAUCCGCCACAAGCUGAGUAUUAUGUCGAGCGCUAUGAAUAUAUUCAACAGCCUCCGUCGAGACACCACCAGCGUGGGUAUUCCCCUCAACAAGGGCCUGCAUUGCCGAAUGUUAGAGACACGUCGCUGCCAGCUCAUAAUCGAAGUCAGCAUCCCCAGCAGGAGGACAAGGACACACACGAUCAAGGAGCGUACGACCGACUGCGAUCCAGGUCUAUCCCGCGAGGCCGCCUCCGCAGCAGAGAAAAUGAUUUCCACUAUGGUGGUGUGUAUGACGGCUCUCCCCCAUACUAUACUCAACUCACGCCUAACAAAGAAAUUGCAGAUCCUAGUCAGGGUAGACACGGGCGGCGUCUGGUAUAUGCGCCCAGCCCGCCUCCAGCUCGUUCCUCGUCGCUAGGGUAUCUAGCAGAUCCUGAGGCAGAGGAAAAGGAACAGCAGCACAUCCGAAUUGGAGGAUCCCGGCGUCGAAGGUCAAGGUCUCGACCCUUGGACGUAGAAUCAAGCGAGCUGCGCAUCUUGAGACCUGGCGAUGAGCUGACAGUGGUCGAAAGAUAUGCACCAAGACCAAACCAGGACUACGAACGGUACGACCAUGAAGGGAUCAGGGUCAGAGUGCGGGAAAUUUGA